AUGGAGAUUUUUCAGAGUUCACAGGACAGGGAGUCUAAUAACUAUGUACAUAUGCCUGUGCGUGCGCAGAUCUGCAAAAUGGAUGUGAUUGCGUGGCUUCAGUUGAAGGAAGAGUGGUUUUCUAAAACAGUCUUACACUGUAGUAGCUGCUGUUCCCUUUCUCUUGUAGCCUGCCUACUUCAAGCGGAGCUGGUGAAUUAUGAGCGGGUCAAAGAAUAUUGCCUGAAAGUACUGAAGAAAGAAGGAGAAAACUUCAAGGCACUCUACCGGUCAGGAGUAGCAUUCUAUCACCUUGGAGACUACAACAAGGCCCUUUACUAUUUGAAAGAAGCAAGGUCUCGACAGCCAACAGAUACCAAUGUUGUACGGUACAUCCAGCUGACAGAGAUGAAGCUUAGCAGAUGUUCCCAGAGGGAAAAAGAAACAUUGUAAGAAGAAACCCAGUUCUGUGGGCCUGAAUGGACAUGUCCUCCCAUAAAUGAUCACCGGGUGAAUUGUCCUUCCCAUUGGCUUCACAUUAGUUUGACAGGUUUUCUCUCCUCCCCAGCUGUUACUUUUGAUCUAAGGAGAGACCCUGGAUCUAGCUUUGGCUAUUUGCUGGCAUAGUGAUAACAUUCUAGUCCUUCUAGCACAAUUGCUCUGGGAAUUUGGAUGAAGAGAGCAAUAGAGAAGGAUUCACUUUGCCUCGUACUUAUAUUCUGCUCCUUUGGUCACAUCAGCCUUCCAGAGAUCCUUCCUCCUUUUCUCUUCAGAUGUGAAGACAACAGCUAAUGAAGAAAGAAAUACUAAUGAGACUCCCUUGUAGUACAUUUUACCUAAACCCAAACCAGAAUGUUCAACAAAGUUUAGAGUUUGGGCAUGGGAUAGAAUCUAAAUGAGAAUGUGAAAAGAUGCUGUACUAUUUGGGGAUGAAAACUGGAACAAUUACUUAAUAUCAAAUAUAUGUUGUUUCACAGGCAACAAUCACAAUAUUAUUUCUUAGAAGGCAUGGCUGGGCCCUAAUACAUAAAGGGGAAGCAUGAUUUUAUAAUUAGUUUCAGAUUAUAGAAAUUGAAGCACUGAAUUAUGGGCUUGCCACCAUCUUGAUAUACACCUUAACUUUUCUGUGCCUCCGUUUUUCCAUCUGUAUAGUGGGGACAAAAAUGUCUCCCUACCUCACAGGGGGUGUUGUGAGGAUUUGUUAACUAAUAUUUGUACAGUGCUAAAUAAUAUUACCGGUACACUGGA